AACACCCUCAAACCCUGCCUGUGUUGCCUGGAGCGUGUGACAAAGCCGGGUUUUGCCAGGAGGCUGCUGCUCCUUUCGCACAGCGCUGGUGCCGCUCCGAAGGAGGCUCCAGUCCCUUUAAGUAAAACAAAAGUGGAAUCCAGCAUUGUGCAUCUUGAAACCUGAGCCCCAGGACCAGGAGUGCGAGGGGGAACAACGGGAAAGCCUCGCCAUUCCCGAGGACAACUGCCGCGAGUGGAGCUUUAAGGGGUAAAAGACGCUUUUAAGAGGUCGGUGGAUGGCUUUUGUGCAGAGACCUGUGAAGUAAAGGAGCCCGGGAAGAAGAGAGUUCUUUUUCUCCUCCUCUCUGGAUACAAUGGCCAUUGCAAAGCGAAGCAGCUUGAGAUCUGGCUUCAAAUGGCUCUUCCUUGCGACGUUUAUGCUAGCCUGCGAUGGACAAGGUGGAAAGCGAGAGAACGGGGGUCCUGCCUGUUACGGGGGAUUUGAUUUGUAUUUCAUUCUCGACAAGUCGGGAAGUGUCCUGCACCACUGGAAUGAAAUCUAUCAUUUUGUGGAGCAUUUGGCCCGCAAGUUCAUCAGCCCUCAGCUGAGGAUGUCCUUCAUUGUGUUUUCAACGAGAGGGACCAUUCUAAUGAGGUUAACAGAAGACAGGGAACAGAUCCGCCAGGGGCUGGAAGAGCUGCAGAAAGUCCUCCCGGGAGGCGACACGUACAUGCAUGAAGGCUUUGAAAGGGCAAGUGAACAGAUUUACUAUGAAAAUGUUCAUGGUUACAGAACUGCAAGUGUCAUCAUUGCACUGACAGAUGGAGAGCUCCAUGAAGACCUGUUUUUCUACUCUGAGAGGGAGGCUAACCGGUCGCGCGACCUGGGAGCAACGGUGUAUUGCGUUGGUGUGAAAGACUUCAAUGAGACCCAGCUGGCCAGAAUUGCCGACAGCAGAGACCACGUCUUCCCAGUGAACGAUGGCUUCGAAGCCCUUCAGGGCAUCAUAGACUCUAUUCUGAAGAAAUCCUGUAUAGAAAUCCUAGCAGCAGAACCUUCCAGCAUAUGUGCAGGGGAGUCGUUCCAGGUGGUUGUGAGAGGAAACGGAUUUCGACAUGCCCGCAACGUUGACAGGGUGCUCUGCAGCUUCAGGAUCAACGACACCCUGACCCUCAAUGAGAAGCCUUUUGUAGUGGAAGAUACCUACUUACUGUGCCCAGCGCCUGUGCUGCGAGAAGUUGGCAUGGAAGCAGCUCUCCAAGUCAGCAUGAACGAUGGUCUGAGCUUCAUCUCCAGCUCCGUCAUCAUCUCCAGCACACACUGUUCAGAUGGGACCAUCCUGGCUAUUGCUUUGUUGAUCCUCUUCCUCCUGCUGGCCUUGGCUCUUCUCUGGUGGUUCUGGCCUCUUUGCUGCACCGUGAUCAUCAAAGAGCCCCCGCCUCCUCCCGCAGAAGACAGCGAGGAGGAAGAUGAUGAUGGGCUUCCGAAAAAGAAAUGGCCAACAGUAGAUGCCUCUUAUUAUGGUGGACGUGGAGUUGGUGGCAUCAAACGAAUGGAGGUGCGCUGGGGAGAAAAGGGCUCCACAGAAGAAGGUGCCAAGUUAGAGAAAGCCAAGAACGCCAGGGUGAAGAUGCCAGAGCAGGAAUACGAGUUCCCUGAACCCAGGAACCUGGCGAACAACAUGCGCAGGCCUUCCUCUCCUCGGAAGUGGUACUCCCCAAUCAAGGGCAAGCUGGAUGCUCUCUGGGUCUUGCUGCGGAAGGGUUACGACCGUGUGUCUGUGAUGCGCCCACAGCCAGGAGACAAGGGCCGCUGCAUCAACUUCACCAGAGUGAAGAACACAGAGGCCCCCCCCAAAUACCCGCUCAACAACGCAUACCCCUCAUCAUCCCCCCCCCCAGCACCCAUCUACACCCCCCCACCCCCAGCACCCAUCUACACCCCCCCUCCACCCAGCUCCCCCACCCCACACACCCCAUCCCCCUCCUCCACGCUCCCCCCACUCCCCCCACCCCCCCAAGCCCCCCCACCCAACAGGGCCCCCCCUCCAUCCCGGCCCCCCCCUCGCCCUGCAGUCUAAUGGGGGGUUCAGCCCUGUUCCCAUCUCUUCCACAAGCAUCCGAGGGGCUUUGUCAGCAGUACUGUACCACAUCCAUCAGUGGGGGGGGUGGAGGGGGGGGUGGGAGGGGGGUAGAGGAAGCUGGAUUGGGUUUGGAAUGGGUGACUUUGGGGUUGUCUUUGUCCUUUAGAUUUCUGUUAUUGUUCAAAUCCCCCGUGCAUCAGUGCCACCAAUCAAAUAAGAGCAGCCAAGAGACUGCAGAACAAGGCAAGUAACUUGAGUCCCAUUGCAGCAAGGCUCUUCCCCCUUCUUUGUCCCCAACGCUUCCCAUGGCCAUUCCAGGAUAUAUUGGAAACAAAGAAAUGGAAAACUAGAGCAAGCUCUCCAGGAAGGCCAAUUCUCCCUAGGGGACAACUGCAAGAGACUCUUCCCAGUGCAGUCAUCCCAGGCAGCUACUGCACAAAGGCACUGGGACAAGACUCAAGGUAUGAGAGAAAGCUGCUCCCAUCCCAGCUGCCAAGUGGGUGAUGAUAACAGCAGGCCUGCAAGUACAGGAACCUGGUAAAUCCAAGGAGAACUGUUCCCAUGGACCAUGAGUUGGAGAAGGGAAGGCGGUGUCACCUCGGAGGGUCUGGAUGGGAGGAGUAGUCCCUGGAUCCGUGUAUGUUGGCAUGCGGCAGUGCAGGUGAAUGAGAACGGAGCGCCACUAGGGAAUGGCAUGGGAAAUACAGCAGGCGGAAUGGCACAAGGCUUGGACCUCAUCCCCUGAGGACAAGGAAUAACUGG